AUGGAAUAUCAUAAUUAUGAUUAUUUUCAAGAAGUUUAUAAUUACAUUAAUAUUUAUUACCCAAAUCAUAUAGAUCAGUUUUUAAUCAAUUUUGAAAAUGCAGAAAAAGAAACAUUUAACAAACUACUGGUUUCAAUUAUUAGAGAAAGAUUAUUUGAAUUUACAAACCAAUUAAAUUUAAAGCCCAAACAAUUCAAUAAAUUUCAAUUUACAUCAUCAAGCAAUCCAGAUAGAGUUCAGGAAAUAUCAUUUCAAAUAGAGAGCGUGUUCGGCUUUGACUUUUUCACAUUUAAACAUCCAAUAACUUAUUGUAGCAAUGUUUCAAAAAGAGAAGAGUCUAAUUAUACAGUUGAAAAUUGUCUCGAGCUCAUAGAAUUGUUAAAACAAAACCCAAAUUAUAAAGAUGUCGACCAAUAUAAAGUAGAAAUUGUAAAUAGUAUUUCAAAUAUGGUUUUAAUUUCCACAUUUUGUUCAAGUUUUCAAGAUAGAGUCAAAGCAAAAUCACACCAAAAUGGUUGGAGUUACCUUUCAGAUUACACAAAUUACAAAUCAAAAAAUAACCCCAAGUUUGACAAGUUUUUGUUUUAUGACCAAAUUCAUUUAAAUGGCCAUCAUAUCCAUCCAAGUUUUAAGUUAAGAUUGGGGUUAAACUGUCCUCAAGUUGUACAGUAUGCAUAUGAAUUAAGAAAAGCCGUUCCCAUUAGAUUUAUUGGUUUACAUAAGUCAGUUGCAAGAUUCAGUUUAAUGGAUCCAAAAGACAAUCCUACAGAUUACUUUUUUAGACUAUUUCCAUUUGUCAAAGAGCCCAUAGAGUCCCAUUGCAAAGAAAUCGGUAUUAAUAAAGAGGAUUAUAUAAUAUAUCCAAUGUACCCAUUUCAAAUUACCAAUACAUUCCCCAACAACUUUAAAAAUGAAAUUUCAAAUGGUACUUUAAUUAUAUUCCCAGAGUCAAUUCAAGUUGCAUCAUUCCCAACCUCAUCUUUAAGAAAUUUAAUACCAGUAACAGAAAAUAAUAAUUACCCACCACAUAUCAAAUUUUCAGUACCAAUUCAAACAACCAAUUUUGUAAGAUUUAUGCCCAAUGAAUUUAUUACCAUAGGAACAUCAGUAUCAAAACUUUUAGAAAGAAUUAAUGAAAUUGAAAUGAAAACAUUUAAAAACAAAGUGGUAUUUUUAAAUGAAAUAGGUGGUAUCUAUCAUUCUAAUACUGAACUUAAAUACCAAAACUUUGCAGUCAUAUGGAAGGAUAAUUGCAAUCUUUUUUUAACAUCCCCAAAUGAACAGCCAAUAAGCUCAUGCUCCUUAUUUAAUCAAUCACUUGUAUCUGAAUACACAAUUCUUGGGGAAUUGGUUAUGCAAUUCCACAACAGCUCAGUAAAUAAAAAGAACAAAAUUCAAAACUCAAUUCAGAAUUGGUUUAGAUUAUACACAAAGCUUUUGAUAGAACCAAAUUUAUUAUUACUAACAAAAUAUGGUGUAGCUUUAGAAUCUCAUCUUCAAAAUUCAGUUGUGGUAUAUGAAGAUGGUGAACCCAAACUUAUGAUUCAUAAAGAUUGGUCUGGUAUUGUAAUUAAAAAUGAAAGAUUAAAAAAACAUAAAGAUAUUAUAGAUAUAUCUUUAAUAGAAUCAAUCCCAAAAGAAAUCAAACUCGGUGACAUGGAAUUUUACAAAAUGUUUUCACACUCGAUACUCCAUAAUAACAUAUGCCAAAUAAUUAUUUCACUAUGUAAAGAGUUUCCACAGCAUAUCGAUGAAAAAACCUUAUGGAAUGAAACAUUCAAUAUCUUCAACAACACCUUUGAUAGCAUUGACAAAAAUGACACAAUUUAUCAAAACAGUGUCAAAGAAGAUAAAAACUCUUUGUAUGGAAAAGAAUUAAAAUGCAAAGCAUUGACUGGAAUGAGACUAUUAACCAAAAAUCAAAUCCUCUUACCAUUUAAUGUUAAAAACCCUUUGCACCAAUUUACAAAUUAAAAAAAUAAAAAAUAAAAAUAUUUUUAUUUUUAAAAUUUAAAUUAUUAAUAAUUACUUUUAAACAAU